UAGUUUAAGAUUGCCGAGCGGCAAGAUGGCUGCGUCAAGUCAGAGUAAACCUAAUACAUCCCUUGUUAUUUUCCGGUGGAAUUAGUAGCGUCUAACGUGUAACAUAUAACAGAACGUAGAUCUACAGAGUUUUCAUUGGAUAUCCAGUUUUCUCGGGAGGAAUAAGUUCGCGUUGUCGUUGAUGACAUAUUCAAAUAUUCCAUUUAAAUUCUAUGGGCGAAGAAAUUUGACAUUUAUUAAAGGGACAACUAUGACAAUCUAGAAAAACUUAUUCGAACGUUAAAACGAUCAUUACCACAUUUUUUCUUAUAUUUUCAAAUAACGAAGUAUAUAUAUCGAGGAACGAAAAGUUAUAGAAUCCAAAGAAGGUUAAUUUAGCGAAGUAAGUGUGACAGUGUUAGUGACACGUAAUAGGGCAAAGAGGAGAAGCACGUGGUAUCACUUGAGUGCUUCGUGUAAUAAAAACGGUAUAUCCUGUGGAAAUUAUUAAUAUAAUACGACGAAUAAAAAAAAAAAAAUUAACAGACAAAAAGAGGAAGAAAGAAAGAGGAUAAUAAAGUACUUCGUACGAAGAUCCUUUUCCUGAGAAAUGGAAAGCUUCUGGAUCAGCACUGCGAUCCACGCGAUCAAAGCUUUAUCGUACGUGUACGACCUGCUGACCUUUCCAGUAUAUCUCAUCCUUCAACGGCCAUGGGAAAAAAGAAAGGCCUCGAGAAGGAUCAAAGCACGUCCCAUCAGCAAAAGUGAAAAUUCCAUUACUUAUAGAAGCGUUGAUUCACCUGGUCCAAUGCAUAUCAGACUUGAACGUGAAAAAGUUCAAACGCUUGAGGCUGUCCUGCUUUGGGUUAGUAAAAUACACGGUGAUAAAAAAUGUCUUGGUACAAGACAAAUACUUGCUGAAGAGGAUGAGGUCCAACCCAAUGGAAGAAUCUUUAAAAAGUAUAAAAUGGGUGAUUAUAAAUGGAAAUCGUACGUGGAUGUUGAAAGAUUGGCGGCUUCCUUUAGUCGAGGAUUGGUCGAGAGUGGUCUCAAUGUACGUAAGAACAUUGUAAUUUUUGCUGAGACUAGGGCGGAAUGGAUGAUAGCAGCCCACGCAUGUUUCAAACAAAAUCUCACGGUGGUAACGAUUUAUACGACACUUGGAGACGAAGCCAUAGCUCAUGGCAUUAAUGAGACUGAAGUUGACACAGUUAUUACCAGUCAUGAACUUUUACCAAAAUUUAAACGACUUUUACAAAUGGUACCCGAAGUUAAGAAUAUUAUUUAUAUGGAGGAUCAACUUAAACCAACCGAUACAAAGGGUUACAAGGAAGGAGUACGACUGAUACCAUUCUCAGAUAUCAUCAAAGUAGGCAACACGUCUAAAGUAGUAUCAGUUUCACCAAAAGCCGAGGAUACUGCUAUUAUAAUGUAUACGUCAGGUUCAACAGGUGUACCAAAAGGAGUAUUACUUUCUCAUAGAAAUAUCAUGGCAACAUUAAAAGCAUUUUGCGACAUGGUUGAAAUUAGAUCGGAUGACGUUUUUCUUGGAUUUUUACCACUCGCUCAUGUUUUCGAACUUCUUGCCGAAAGUGUAUGCUUACUUACUGGUGUACCUAUUGGUUAUAGUUCACCUCUUACCAUGAUUGAUUCAAGUAGUAAAAUACAACGAGGUUCCAAGGGUGAUGCUUCGGUUCUUCAUCCAACUUGUUUAACUGCAGUACCGCUUAUACUAGAUAGGAUAUCCAAAGGUAUUAAUGAAAAAGUGAAAAAAUCUGGACCCUUCAAACAAGCGAUCUUUAAUUUUGCUUAUCAUUAUAAAUUAAAAUGGACUAAACGCGGAUACAGUACUCCUUUGUUCGACAAAUACAUCUUUGGUGCAGCCAGACAGAUUCUUGGUGGUCAAGUGAGAGUUAUUCUCUCUGGUGGAGCACCUUUAAGUCCUGACACUCACACUCAAGUUAAAUUGUGUCUGUGUGUCAUCGUUAUUCAAGGAUAUGGUCUUACGGAAACUUGCUCUUGUGCUACCGUCAUGGAUACAUAUGAUAGAAGUACUGGAAGAGUUGGAGCACCAACAACAGUUUGUGACAUUCGUCUUGAAAAUUGGGAAGAAGCUGGUUACAGAGUAACCAAUUUACCAAAUCCAAGGGGUGAGAUCGUUAUCGGAGGUGAAAACGUCUCCUCUGGAUAUUAUAAGUUACCUGAGAAAACAAAAGAGGAUUUCUUCCAGGAGGAUGGCAGACAAUGGUUCAGAACUGGUGAUAUAGGUGAAGUCCAUCCCGAUGGUUCCAUAGAGAUUAUAGAUCGCAAGAAAGAUUUGGUUAAAUUACAAAUAGGUGAAUAUGUUUCAUUGGGUAAAGUAGAAGCAGAGUUAAAAACCUGUCCAGUUGUAGAAAACAUAUGCGUUUAUGGUGAUCCAAGUAAAUCUUAUACAGUAGCACUGAUAGUACCUAAUCAUCAUACACUCGAAGAGAUAGCUGCUAAUCUUGGAAUUACCGGUAAAACUUUUGAAGAAUUAUGUAACGAUCCGAAGGUAGAAAAGGCAGUACUUCAAGAGUUGGUUGAACAAGCUAAGAAAUGUCAGUUACAAAAGUUUGAAAUACCUGGAGCAGUUAAACUUUGUCCAGAACAAUGGUCACCCGACAUGGGCCUUGUAACAGCUGCGUUUAAACUUAAGAGAAAGGCCGUACAGGAACGUUAUCAACAUGAAAUCAACAGAAUGUAUGCUUCGUGAUGUCGAACAAAAAUGUGUACGAAGUGUAAGAAGUAAUUUGUAUAAAAAAAAAAAAAAGAAAAAAGAAUAUGAAAGAUAAAAAGAAACAAACAAACAAAACCAAAUGUCUAAGGAAGAAAGAAGAUGGCCAUCCUCGUCUGAUGGGAAAGUAGUAUAACUCGACAAAACUUUAGACACUAUUUUUUCUGAUAAACAUGAAGGAAUAAUUUUAACAAAUAAGAACACAACAAACAAAGUAAAAGUAAUCACAGAUUAUUAUUAACAAAAGGGAACGAAUUUAAAAAGUCCUUGUACUUGAAUGAAAAAGUUUAAAAAGCUUUGUAGCAUCUUUUUGUUAUUAUUUGUCUUCCGAUAGAAAAUGCAGAUUUUGAUUUGUGUUUUUUCAUCAUCUUUUCUAUAUAUGUAUAUAUAAAUAUAUAUGAAAGGGAUUUAUUUCUAGGAGACGUUUUAUCUCUCGAUGAAUAUAUAUAUUAUAUGCUAUUCAAAUUUUCAACGCGUAUUAAUAUGAUAUGCAAGGACGGACGAUUCUAUUGAGAAUAUAUUUUUAUUUAAAUAUGAUAAAUAUAAUCUUGAUACAAACGGUUAAAUGAAUUGAGAAGGAAUGAGCCUAGUAAAAUAAUUAAUUAAAUAAAUAAAUAAGUAAAUAAAUAAAUAAAUAAAUAAAUAAAUAACAGUAAAGUGUCGAGAGAUAUAAAAAGCCGAGAUGGUGGAGGAGAGCUAUAAUAAAAAAUAAAAAAUAAAAUAAAAUAAAAAAAAAUAAAAAUAAAAA